GCCCGCCCGGCUCCGGAGGGGGCGCGGGACGUCCGGGGGAGCGCGCACGCAUCCGGCCCGCGAUUCGCGCGCUGGUCGGUGCGUCGGUCGGGGGCGCGCUCGGGUAACCUGUACCCCGUCUAGUCGCCGGUUACUGAUCGGACUAAGUUCCAGUGGUGAUUCAUAAAUCAAGUUAAAAUGUCUCCAGAAAUUGCCUUGAACCGGAUUUCUCCAAUGCUGUCCCCAUUCAUAUCUAGCGUGGUCCGAAAUGGAAAGGUGGGGCUGGAUGCUACAAACUGUUUGAGAAUAACGGACUUGAAGUCUGGCUGUACGUCAUUGACUCCUGGACCCAACUGCGACCGCUUCAAGCUGCACAUUCCGUACGCUGGGGAGACGUUAAAGUGGGACAUAAUUUUCAAUGCUCAGUACCCAGAGCUGCCCCCCGAUUUCAUCUUUGGAGAGGAUGCUGAAUUCCUGCCAGACCCCUCUGCUCUACAUAACCUCGCCUCCUGGAACCCUUCAAACCCUGAGUGCCUCCUGCUCGUGGUGAAGGAGCUGGUGCAGCAGUACCACCAGUUUCAAUGCAGCCGCCUCCGCGAGAGCUCACGCCUCAUGUUUGAGUACCAGACACUCCUGGAAGAGCCUCAGUAUGGAGAGAACAUGGAAAUUUAUGCUGGGAAGAAAAACAACUGGACUGGUGAAUUUUCAGCUCGUUUCCUAUUGAAGUUACCAGUAGAUUUCAGCAACAUUCCCACAUACCUUCUCAAGGAUGUAAAUGAAGACCCUGGAGAAGAUGUGGCCCUCCUUUCUGUCAGUUUUGAGGAUACUGAAGCCACCCAAGUGUACCCCAAGUUGUACUUGUCACCCCGAAUUGAGCAUGCACUCGGCGGCUCCUCAGCUCUUCAUAUCCCUGCUUUCCCAGGAGAAGGAUGUCUCAUUGAUUAUGUGCCGCAAGUGUGCCACCUGCUCACCAACAAGGUACAGUAUGUGAUUCAAGGAUAUCACAAAAGGAGAGAGUACAUCGCUGCUUUUCUUAGUCACUUUGGCACGUAAGUUCUCCCUUGUUUAUA